CUACCUACCUAUCGUCCUGCGUCGUCCUCUCCCGCCGCGACCUCUUAAUGCCUCUGAAGGAGUCAGCCACUGGCUGUCAUCUGGCGGUGGGGAUGGAGGUGGGGGUGGAGGUGGGGACGAGGGAGGGGAUGGUGCGCUGUUGCUGUGGUUGGCCCGGUUGGUCAGCUGCAGCUCCAGUCUGGCGGGGCCGUCCUGGUGGAUGGACAGCCGCGGCUCCGCUGCACAGAUCUGCUCCAGCUCACGGCGACGGAAACACCCAUUCAGGUCUGAGAGGACACACGACGGGCACAGCAUCCAUCCAUCGAACACGGGCAACGAACGGCCUUUUAUGCAUGCGCACGUGAGAUGGGCAGGUUGCCGGACUGGGUGGGCACCAGGAGGCCUCUGACGGCGCAUGCGUCUUUGAUGAAGGGCUGCAUGUGCUGCGAAUGGACGAGCCGACGCAGGACCCUCUCGUCGCCGUUGAGCUGAUGGAUCGGCACGCGCCCUGCAGCGCAGCGCAGCGCACGCACAGACACAUAUGUGGUGGUCUGUGGUGUGGGUGGUGUUGUUCGGUGUGUGGUCGUCUUGUACCCAUGCCGGAUCUGAUGAGACCGUCCGCCAGCUCCAUGCCCAUACGCCUCGCCGCACCCGCCACGACACCCACGCCGCCGUCAUGACCACCAGGGCCCACACCGUUGGGCUGCAUGCUGGGGCCGCCUUGGGCCAUCCCUCCCCCUCCCCCUCCCCUACCACCUCCCCCGCCACCUCGGCCACGAUCGGACGGGCCGGAAGGAGCAGUUUUCCGGCCGCCCCUGCUGCCCCCUCCUCUCCGGCCGCUGUCUGGCUGCUCCAGGCCGAGGAGCUCCAAGAUGGCCCGCCGGUCGUUCUUCUUGUCAAAGGGCUUGAAUAUGAGCUGCAGGUCAGGGACGGACCGCACCGUUGCGAAGAGGGCGUAUGCGCGGCGGAACUCCAGCGACAGCCGCUCGUGAGCCGAGAAACGACUGGCGCCUGACAAAUAGACAAAUAGAUAGCCACGCACACACAGAUGUCUGCCAGACAUCCGGUUGUGUUGUGUUGUGUUUGUGUGGGCGUACUUACUGAGUACGCGAUCCUUGUCGAAUGGAUCCUCAAUGGCCAGGCCGAGCGACACUGAGAGCCCCUCGAUGUUGCGCUCCGCCACGACCUGCUCCAGCUCUUGCUCCUCAGCACCCUCACCCUCACCCUCGCCAUCACCAUCACCGCCGCCAUCACCACCACCCUCACCCUCCACUGGCCACCCCUGCUCCUGCGUGUAAAGGUAAGGGCCAUUCUCGUCACUGUCGUGCUGGUACGCGUCUGCGUCAGCUGCCGCUGGUGGGUCGGGGUCUGGUGCGAGGUGUGCUGCUGUGGGCGGCUGCUGCUGCUGCUUCUGGUAGGAGGUGAAGUACUUGGUCUUGCGUAUCUUCUCGGGGUAGCGCUUGAUGGAGAUCAGAUUGUGGAAUAGCGGAUACUCGUAGCUGACCACACCACCACACCACACCACACCACACACAGGAACGAUAGAGAGCAUGCACACGCACCACGGCCCGCCCCUCUCCCCUCCCUCUCCCCUCCGCCCCUCAAUUCUUCUGUCUGACCUGUAGAAGCGGACGAACUUGUAUAAGAGCAGCAGCAGGGAAUCGUCGUUGGCGGCCUUCAUCCCAAAGGCCUCCCGCCAGGCGUUGCCCCGCGGCUCCAGGAUGCUCCGCUUCAGCUGACGCAGAGGCCUUACGGGAUCGCUGAGGGCCGUGGGCGUGCCGUCGUGGUUGAAGUCCCGCGGCGAGCGGUCGUCGUUGAGGAGUGGUUGUGUGUUGGGUCCGUCGGUGGGGUGGACGAAGAAUACGUCGUGGGUGUCCUGGUCCACCAUGGUCUGGGGGAGGGGGUGGGCGUGGACUGACGGGGGCGGGCACUGCAGAUUGGGCAGAAUGCCUACAGACAUGUGCCAGCAGAAAGAAAGAACCACACAGCAGACAGGGAGGGACGGAGGGAGGGAGGGAGGGAGGGAGGGGGUCGUGUGUGCAUCUGUCUGUCGUCGUUGUCUUGUGCAGUGGCAGUGGCUGGCUGGUCCUGUUUACCGAGGUGUUGGAGGAAGAAUAUGGUCAGGAGUACCCAUGAGUACGACGACAAGGUGCCCGUGCGGGGGUCGGCGAUGCCGCGCGCCUUGGCCCACAGCUUCACGGCCAACCCUGCCACACACCACACACACGCACACACGCCCACAGACAAGAACACAAGAACACAAAGCCAACAAUCAGCCCAGCCCGGCUUGGACGUCCUCUUUUCUCUCUCUCCGUGUGCCCCACCCAAUGCUGCAGCGCGAGGGUCCAGCUCUGCGUACGCCCUGAGAGGGGGAGGGAGGAACCAUACACACACACACACAGACAUCACACGAUGCCUGCCUCCCUCCCUCCCUCCGUCCGUCCCCAGGAACCAACCGUAGUAGUCGGCUGUUGUGGAUGUGGGCCCGACGGAGAUGUCCACCUUGACCUCCCGACCACCAGCCUCACCGCCAUUGCCACUGCCACCGCCAUUGCCAUUGGCGUCGGGCUGCUUGAGUGUGCAGGUGAGGAUGGGCACCCGGGCGGUCUCGAUGGCCUGCACCGUGAAGCCCACCUCCCGCAGCGGCUGCAUCAGCUCACGUAUCGCUAUGAUGGCCGACUCCUUGUCGACAGCUGUCGACAGAGGCACCAACACGUCCAAAUCUGCAGACACACAGACAUGGAUAGAUUAGCCAACGCAACGCAUAUAUCGGUGGGUGCAGGUGUGUGGUGUGGUUGCGUCACCCCACCUACCUGACACGGACAGCGCGAAGCCGCUCACAGCGCUGCCAAAGAGGAGCCCCGGCACGCCGUACUUCGCCUUCAACACACCGGACACUGCACACACACACACACACACACACACGCAUUCACGGCCGCCUCAGCAACAGACACACAGACGAACAAUGCCACCACAAGCCACCACCGGCCGUGCUGUGUAGCCUACCCUUUUCGUACGCCAUGACGAGUAGGUCUACUCGCUCUGGUGUGGGAACGGCUUGCUGCACCAGCGACCAGAGCCAGCCGUUGGGGUGGGUGGGGGGCGGGGGCGACGGGUUCGACAUGAACAGCGAUGCGGGCGGGGUGGGCAGGGCCAGCACUCUAUCCUCCACGAGGAAGUAGGUCGCCUGAUGCAGACACACAGAAUGGCUUUGUUUGCGUGUGUUUUGGGGUGGGUGUGGCACCUGACCUGGUCGUGUCUGCAGCGGUGCAUAUAGGCGGUGCGUUUCUUCUUGACGAGCUGGUCGAUGGCAUCCGCCAGCGCAAGCCUCUCCUCGCCGCUCUCUCUCUUCCACAGGCCCUCAUGCACCAGCAGCACAUCUACCAACCUAAACACACACACGCACACGCACACACACACACACACACACAUGGAGCAGUGGGUAUAUAGGUCUGCCUGCGAGCGUACCGCGCCACUUCGCUGCGUUUGUCCUACGUCAUCCAUGGCUGCGCCACCUCUCGCGGCAGCCGUGCGAUGAGCGCCAGCACCUUCGUCAGCGACUCUCGCACAAGCUGCACGGAAAGGCCCUUCCCUCACACAUGUGUGUCUGCGGCCGUCCCUCACCGUUGCGCCGAAUCCUUCAUCGUCAUGAAAGCACUGAAACCGCCGUCCAGCCACCAGCCGCAGCACGAAGCUCAUCGCGUGGAUGCCGUCAGGCGCCCUCUCCAGGUCUCGCAGGCCCUUGCGAAACGCUCGGAUGGCGUCCUGCUGUCGGUCCUGCGAGUGGAGGCUGGGGUACAUCUGGAUGUCCGCCAGAACGGCCAGUGUCUGCGGGCUGCAUUUGGUCAGAGGAUCCACAGACUGCUGCGACUUCGCCAU